UCGACCCUCCCAUCAAAGCAAACGCAUCCUGACCGUACACCCAGUGGGUUCGUCCUAUAACACGCAACGACAGAGAAUCAUUUCUCUCUCUCUGCGCCAGCCCGGAUGAGUUGUUAGGGCGAAAGCGAAAAAUUGGGGAUUUUUCGUACCAGUCAAGCUUGUAAUGCCUAAUUGUGAUGAUCGAUGUGGCAAUACACGUAUAGUUAUAUGGUCAAAUUUUAGCAGUAGUCAUUUUUGAUCAAAUUUGGGUUUUAAUCUGAAUAUGGAUUAUCACGUUUCGCCUAAAGAUAAGGGAAAUGAUCACUGGGCUUCUGCCAGAGCUCAGGUUGAGAAUUUGGCAUCAUUUGACGAUGGAACAGGGAACCCGAUCUCAGAGGAUAUGUUUAAUAACAUUUCUGAGCUCAUGAACUUUGACACUUAUGCUGGAUGGUGCAGCCCAGCAGCAACGGACCAGAUUGCAGCCUCUUUGGGGAUGCCAUCAUGUCCAUCAGUGACCUAUACACCCUUGGAUGCCUUGAAUUUCGUAGGACAUAAUGGUGAGCAAUUGCCAGGUACGAGUGGUGCGGGAACUUUCAAUGUUGGGGGAAGUUUCAAUUGUGGAGACAAAAUUGUGUUUGAGCACGUGGGAACCCCCCAAUAUGGUGUUUCAACAGAUUCCAAUGAUGCGAAUGACUCAAUUGUUAAGCUAAAUAAUGGGUCUUUUCAACAGAAUAAUGUCAUGGGCAUGGAAGACUAUAUGAUCUAUAGGCCACCUGGAUUGUCACUCAAUGAGAAGAUGCUUAAGGCAUUGUCGAUGUUUAAAGAGACUUCUGGUGGGGGUAUUUUAGCGCAAUUAUGGGUUCCCAUGAAGCAUGGUGAUCAAUACUUAUUAAGCACUUGUGAGCAACCCUACUUGCUUGACCAUAUUCUUACAGGGUAUCGUGAAGUCUCAAGGAUGUUUACGUUCUCUGCAGAAGAAAAACAGGGUUCUAUCUUGGGUCUUCCUGGCCGUGUAUUUGUCUCCAAAACUCCAGAGUGGACUUCAAAUGUUAAUUUUUACAAUAAGACUGAGUACCUGCGGGUGGAUUAUGCUGCUAAUCAUCAGGUUCGUGGAUCAAUUGCCUUACCGAUUUUUGAUUUUGACGUGGAAAGUUCAUGUUGCGCUGUAUUGGAACUUGUCAGUACAAAAGAGAAAUCCAAUUUCGAUACAGAGAUGGAAAUAGUUUGCAGUGCACUUCGGGCCGUUAAUUUGAAGACCAAUGCGCCUCUCCGACUUCUUCCCCAGUGCCUCUCAAAGAACCAAAGAGCUGCUUUAACUGAAAUAAAUGAUGUCUUGCGUGUUAUAUGCCAUGCACAUUUAUUGCCAUUGGCUAUGACCUGGAUUCCUUGUUGCUACUCUGAGGGAGAUGAUGAUGGAAUUAAAAGAGUACGUGUCAAAGGGGGUUUUGCGAAUUCAGAUGAGAAAUGUAUACUUUGCAUCGAGGAAACAGCUUGUUAUGUAAAUGAUAGAAGAAUGCAAGGCUUUGUGCAUGCAUGUGCAGAACAUCAUCUUGAGGAAGGGGAGGGAAUUGCUGGUAAAGCACUGCAAUCAAAUCAUCCAUUCUUCAUUAAUGAUGUUAAAGCGUAUAAUAUAUAUGAAUAUCCACUUGUUCAUCAUGCACGCAAGUAUGGUUUGAACGCUGCUGUUGCAAUUAGGCUAAGGAGCACCUACACCGGUGAUGAUGACUAUAUAUUGGAGUUUUUUCUCCCUGUCAAUGUGAAGGGGAGUACAGAACAACAACUUCUGUUAAACAACCUCUCAGGUACCAUGCAGAGAAUAUGCCAGAGUUUAAGGACAGUUUCAGAUGCAGAAUUAGUUGGGUUAGGAAGCGCCAACACUGGGUUUCAGAAGGAGACAAGCCCUAAUAUCCCACAAAGAAAUUUUCAGCCAACACUGUCAGAUAGUGAAAUGAAUUCAGCUGAAAAUGUGACCUUUAAUGUUUUUAAUCAAAGAAAUGGGGGAAUCGAAAGAGAUAAUCCUCCUAAACAGGCACCAAGUGGGUCAACAAGGCAGGCGGAGAAAAAGCGAAGUACAGCGGAGAAAAAUGUAAGCUUGAGUGUUUUACAGCAGUACUUCUCUGGGAGUCUCAAGGAUGCUGCAAAAAGUAUAGGAGUUUGUCCCACUACGCUAAAAAGGAUCUGCAGACAACAUGGGAUCUCAAGAUGGCCAUCUCGUAAAAUAAAUAAGGUGAACCGUUCAUUGCGGAAAAUACAGACGGUGCUUGAUUCUGUUCAGGGGGUGGAGGGAGGAUUGAAGUAUGACCCAACUACUGGGGGUUUUGUGACAACAGGAUCCAUCAUCCAAGAAGUUGAUGCACCAAAAAAUCUUUUAUUUCCUGAGAAGAACCUGCUUGUUGAGAACUCUGAGCCAGUUGCCCGACAUCCCAUUUCAAUGCCUUCCUACAAUACUGGUGAGAGUUUGACAGUUAAGUUGGAAGAGGAUGGGAGUUGUGUUCCAACUUCUCAUGAGAAAGAGGUAAAGACACAGAGCAUCCCUUUCAUGCCUCAAGGGGACUCUAAGCCUAUUGCAAUGGAUUUUGGAUCAUGCGAUCCUACUAACCAUGGGAUCACACCUGAUUCGAAGGGCUCUUAUCUUGCAAAAGAAGUUAAUAAAUGGGGUCACAUCCAAAACAGUCUAAGGUUAGACAAUUCUGACUGCCACUUUGUGUCUCAGAACUCAAGCUCCUUGGUUGCUGCUGAUGAGAUGGACAUGGGAGUACAUGGAGAUGAUGGGAUUGUUGAAUAUAACCAACAUAGUUCUUCGAGCUUGACAGAUUCAUCGAAUGACUUUGGUUCAACAAUGCAGGGAUACUCAUCAAGCACUCAGAGCUUUGAGGAGCAAAAGCACCCACAAGUCGAGACAAGCACUGGAGAGAAUGGGUCAAAAAUAAUCGUGAAAGCUACUUAUAAAGAGGAUACAAUCAGGUUCAAGUUUGAGCCUUCUCUUGGGUGCCUUCAACUGUAUGAAGAGGUUGCAAAGAGGUUGAAGUUGCAAAAUGGGACAUUCCAACUCAAGUAUUUGGAUGAUGAAGAGGAAUGGGUGAUGUUAGUCAGCGAUGCAGAUUUGCAGGAGUGUCUUGAGAUACUGGAUGACAUCGGAAAGCGUUGUGCUAAGUUCAUGGUCCGUGAUAUACCUUCCGGCGUGGGUAGUUCUGGAAGUAGCAACUUUCUGGGGUAAAUUUUGUGUUUGCUUUUAUAGUAUACUUGAUAGGAAUUUUCUACUAGCUUUAUAUUCUACUUCCUAUGGGGUUAAGUACUUCCAUGGUGGUGGGAGGGGACGUUGAUGAGAUGGUCACCAAUUCAGACGUCAUUGCUCCUUUCUAAUAUUAGCAGGUUGGGUAUUAAAAUAGUUCCGAAUUAAGCAAAGAGAAGAUAUGGCCUAUAUGAUCCAUGUUACAAUAAGCUCUGUAUAUGUUAGAAUGGAUGUAGUCAUAGAAAGGUUAGAGGGGUAUUAAUCUGCAAUGCUUAAUCCCAGUUUGUACAGAUCAUAUAUAAUAUAUAUAUGAACUUGAAGAGAUAAAAUUUCCAUGAAGUGAAACACUUUUAUCUUUCAAAUCAGUUUUGUUCUAAGGGAAAAGUAUUUUAGGCCACAAUGUGCUCGUCAAAUAUAGUUCACUUCUAUCACCGCCACCGAUGGAGUUCAUGCUUGCUGAUGUUGGGAUUGCAAUGGGGCAUUUCUCUGGAACUGAGGAUUGGGAUGUACGCUGGACUGGCAACUGUCGGCAUAUUCGUUAUUUGGCAUACACAUGGUUUUUCUCGAGUCUUAAUCUCAGUGGGGAUGGCUCCCCCCGUGUCACAUAAACCCAGCUCGCCAAUUGGGGAUAGUCUCAGAUUUUCUCCUUUGAUAAUAACCCCUGUGAUGAUUUCCAUGGUGUCCCUCUUCGUGUUGAUCCCCAUCAAAAUGUUCAACUCUCUCGGGGCCCUCUCGCUUUCUGAGGACAGAAGCCUUGUGCCAAUGCCCCAUGGAUAAACUCCUGGCUCCGCACGGUCGUGUCUGUUUCAUUUGGCCCGCACUUCUUUAUCCUCCAUGCGCCAUUCUUUGUUCAAGUAUCCCGUGUUGUGCCCCUGAGCUAGAACGAGCGGCGGCUUUGGCGGUUGCAUUUCCGGUAGUUCUCGUUAAUAUGAUCCUGAAGUUUGUGGAGAGAUGGACAAGCAGGUUUCAACUUUCGCAUAAGCAGAGCCCCUGAUCCAAAUAUCUUUGCUAGGUUUUAUAUAUUUUGUUUCUGUGUUCAUUAAACAUUUUGGUGGUUGUGAAAACUGGUUUAACUUUUCCCCCUUCAUAUCCGCAAAUUAUCCGAGUGAAAAUCUUUUGCCUACCAGGCUGAUCCGUGCAAAGUUCUGUAACGUGGUAGAUACAGUGGAAUUUACUUCCCAGGCUCAUAAGCACAUUGUGUAAGAAUCGUCGUUCACUAGAAACGCGUAGAAAGUUUAAUUAAAUAAAGGUGCCCUUUUGAA